AUGGCUUUUCAUCAAGUGAAACCAUUGGAGGUAAUGGUGAUUGCUCUAUAUUGGGUUUUAAGCGUGCAACAACAUUCUUCUUCUGUUCAUGGAGCACAACAGGUACCUUGUUUCUUCAUUUUCGGAGACUCGCAGGCUGACAGCGGCAACAACAACUUGCUUGAUUCUUUAGCCAAAGUUAACUACAAGCCGUAUGGUAUCGACUUCCCCGGUGGUGCAACCGGAAGAUUUAGCAACGGUCGAUCCACGGUUGACAUAUUAUCGCAACUUUUGGGUUUUAACAACUUCAUCCCUCCAUUUGCUCUGCUUAAUAGCUCUGACAUACUCAAAGGAGUGAACUACGCUUCUGGUGCAGCAGGAAUUCGCGAAGAAACUGGGAGUCAAUUGGGUGCAAGAAUCAGCUUGGACGGACAGUUAAAGAAUCAUGAGAUUACAAUCUCCCGAAUUGCUGAUAUACUUGGAGACAGGGGAGCUAACCGUUUACAGAGGUCAUACUAUUCAAGUAUAAAACAGUGGUUGGCCAAAAGACACUUAAACCAGUGCUUAUAUUCAAUUGGAAUGGGUAGUAAUGACUUCAUCAACAAUUACUUCCUGCCUCAGCACUAUAACACCAGUAAAAGUUUUACCACUGAGCAAUAUGCUGAAGCUCUUAUCACACAAUAUUCUGAGCAAAUAAAGAAGUUGUACAAUUUUGGAGCAAGGAAGGUGGUUUUGGUUGGAGUCGGAAUAAUAGGUUGCACACCAACUGCAAUUUCUGCCGGCAAAAAUGGAUCUGCAUGUUUAGAUAUAAUGAACAGUGCAGCUCAACAGUUUAACCAAAAGCUUGUAUCACUUGUCGAUCAGCUGAACAAAAAUUUUACAGACGCGAAGUUCAUCUAUAUUAACAGCUUUGGAAUGGGUACCGGAGACCCUGCAGCUGCUGGAUUUAAAAUUGCGAAUGUUGGGUGUUGUGAGGUAAAUGAAGUCGGUCAAUGUAAAAUUGACGGAAUUCCCUGCCAGAAUAGGAGUGAGUAUGUGUUUUGGGACGGAUUCCAUCCUACUGAAGCCGCGAACCGACUCACUGCAAUCAGAUCAUACAAUGCUUUCAGCCCCUCCGACACUUAUCCAAUGGACAUUAGUCAUCUUGUUCAGCUAAAACUUGAGCCUAAAUUCUUUACUUCUUAG